AUGGCGCAACUUCUGAGAUUGGUUAUUGUGACUCUGCUUCUCCGUAUUAGUAUAGCAGCUGAUGAUCCCAUUCCUUUCCCAGGUAAUAUCUGAGAGUCAACAUACUGCGAGGCAUUUUUAAAUAUAUAUAAAGUACUGGAUAAUUUAUCAUAACAAGUGAUCCAAUUUUUGAGAUUUAACAUACCGUAAUCUUACAUGAAGCAUCCAGGCCUCAAAUCCAAGCUCCCACCCUGUUGAGACCUCCCGACAAACAUGUCUGCCGUUAUUUACUUAAUUUGUUAAUGAAGUUUAUAUUAACUAGCUAGUUAUUUUGUUCGUUAAGAACAGGGGUGUAGAAGGGAGGGGGUCCGGCCCCCUUUGUUAGAAGCCCAGGGGCGCUGAGCCCUCCUGAAGCUUCUUGAAAAUUUCAUGCCGGUUUGGGGGGCUAAUUUCCCAAUAAUUUUGCAGAAUGCAUAUUUAUAACCUGGAAAGUUCUUUGCAACUGCAGUGUUGAAAUGAUGCGGUAAUAAUGUUAGUAAUCUGUAUCUGAUUACUAUGAUCAUACUGUUAGGUCAUGUGUGUGGCUCCAACACGAACUCAGCUUCGGUAUAUCGGAUUCAUUUUGAAAUUAUGUUCUCUCAUCAAAAAACACUAAUUGAACAAUUAGUAGAACCAAAAAUAAAUACCGGAACUUUCCAUGUUAAUUAUGUUGCACCCUCCACACCUUGUCACAGCCCCCCUCCCGAUUGUUAUCAUUUCAGUUCUAUACAGCACUGGUUAAGAGCUGAAGGCGUUUCAAGACAAAUAUAUAAUGUUUCGCUCACUCGUGUUUAUAAUAAUUAUUAUAACUCUCAGUUGUUACAGUACUCUUAAUAUCUAAAUACAUAAUAAUUAUUCCCAUACUAUUAUUCCAAAGUAAUUCAGUUGUUACUGCUAUUUUGGAAACGAGCGAUUCAAAAACUUAAGUUAUAUAAUACACCAACUGUGACUUCAUUGAUAUAUUGGGUAAAAUUACUCAAAUUUAUAAAUAUGUUUAUUCAUUAUUUGAAUGAAGUAAAUCUUCACUCAUGACCAGACUAAAGCCUGGUUUACACUAUCAAGGUUUCGAUCUGUGGUCACAGUAGGAAUUUUGCAUUGCAAGAUUUGAAGGAUUCGUAAUAAAUAUUUGAGGAAACUGACUUAGCGUUGUUGCUGAGUCAGUUUGCUCGAACAUUUCUUAUCAGGGUGUUAGCAGUAGCCCAUAUACUGUCCGUUUGACGGACUCUUCCCAAUUGAAGUAGCUAAGGGGCUUUCCCAACUGGGUCUACUGGAAGAUUUUCAUUUUUUCUGAUGAGAAAGUACAUUGCGUUUGAUUUUAUAUCAUUAUAUCAAAGAACGUUUUAUUUACAUUUUCCAUUAACUAUUUUCUCAAAAUGUAUCGCGUUUCAUUCAUAUAGGGUGUGUAUUCACUGAAAUGAAAUGGACAAAACAAAGUGUAAUCGGUGUGCAUCCAUGUUCAUUCACCGGAAAUGAAAUAUACAAAACGAAGUGCCAUCGGGUGCAUUUUUCAGUGUUCAUUCACCGGAAAUGAAAUGUACAAAACCAAGCUACCAUCUAAGGAGAAACACGUUGGAAAAAACACUAUUUAUUCCUACACAAGGUCAAGGACUUUGAUCGGUCAAAAAAUCUUUCCCAAUUUACGUUUAACGGACAAAACCUUUUUUUCUGGCUAACACCCUGCUUACAAAUCCUUCAAAACUUAGAAUUUACCUGUGCAAAUUUCUACUGUGAUCACAGAAACUUUGAUAGUGCAAACAAGUCUUGACAAGGGAGUUCUCUUUGUUUCCAGGUGGUGAUACAAAGUUUCACGAAUGGUUAAAUCAAGUGUACAAAAGAACCUAUAUUGACCCUACGACAAUGGACAGAGUAAAGGAAUACGUCACAAAACGCAUCACUCAAAUAUCAGACCUAAUAAAGGCAGAGGGUGACUGUUUCGACUUUGUUCAGCUUCGAGGAUCAGCAGCGGAAAAUUUGAAGAUUGAUCAUCCGGAUGAAUUUGAUUUUGUUCUUUUUAAUCAAAAGUACAAAGAUAAAAUUACUUUCAACGAAAAACAAAACCUGCCUGGAUUUGCGUAUGCGAUGCGACAAGCUGCAACUUGUUUCGAGAAGUAUGUAAAAAUCUCUUUUCCACGAGAGUUAGACCAUAGUUAAAGAUGCGGUACAGUCCGCAUGUAAACAGAGGCUUUGUUUACAUUUCGGUAUCCAAAAUAUAUAUAAUUUUAUUCGACAACUAUUUAUAUUUUCAUGAUUCUAGAGUAUAAUAAAUUAUCAAGAUACAACAAUCAAGCUUUUCAAGAACAUAAAAUGAAAUAAAAACCUAAAUAAACUGUUCGUAUAAUAAAAAGAGGGCUCCUUUGUGCACAUGCGCAGAUCAGACUGUACAGCAUCUUUAAUAGAAUAGAUGGCUUGGCCUCAUUAGAAUAACAUUAUAACUUUUUACUGUGUCUAUAUGUUAGUCAACGUUUAUGCAAAAAUGUGGUCCUUUGUUGUCACUUGGGCGCCCCAAUCUUUUCCCCACCCCCACCUAUAAUAAGCCCUCCACUUCAGAACCCAGGGGCCAAAAAUGGAGGAAAUACUGUAUGUCAACUUUCUUUUAAUAGGUACCAGCUUACAGAUCCUAAAGGUGCCAUCGAUCCAGUACAAGUUAGAGCUCUCAUGAAAAAUCUUGUGGUAAAAGCUUUGGACAAACUAGAAAUUACAACAACAGUUACAGAAGUCGGACCGGCGAUCAAUUUUGAUAUACCGUCCAGAGAAGCGUCCUUCCCAACAAUCGAUAUCGACUUAGUCUUGUACAUACAACAAGAAAAUUGGCCAGCGACUGCGACUACCCCUCUGAGCCCCGAACUGAGAGUGUUAGGCGUUGGACUUGUUCCAAAGGUACUCGAAGAAGACAACAAAGUGUGGCAAAUUUCAUUUUCUGCUAUUGAAAUACAGCUUUUCAAAACCAUCGAUACAGAUGGAGGAAUCCGAAGAAAACUGCUGAAAAUCAUGAAAUAUUUGAAGUUAGUUACCGAAUGGCCUAAAACCGUGUCCUCGUACCACUUGAAAACCAUCAUAAUGAAAACGAAUCUGGAUCAUCCCGACAAAGCUUACUGGACCGAUUCCAAUCUUGUUACCCGCUUCAGAGAAUUGCUUAAUGCUUUCCUUAACGCACUGAAAACAAAAACCUUACCAAGUUUUUUUAUUCCCACCUUUAACUUAUUGAAAGGUAAAGAUCUCACGGAGGCUAUCCAGAAAGUCGAGAAAUUGAUUGAAACUAUUAAGACGAACCCCAAUUCUCUAUUCCCACCUCAAAGCGCAAUGUGUAAUCCGUCGCAGACGUCUUCUUCUGCCAGCAACAACCCACAAAAAAAGAAAUUGUUGAAGAAGAUGUUAAGAAUCCAUAGUUAA